GUUGUUGUCAGUUAAUGGCGACUCAAGUCUCUUAUUUAACAGUUUUUAUUCACUUUACACUUAUAUAAGACACUUUAUGACCUGUGUUAAGUGUGAGGUGUGUCACGAUGGCAUCGCACGAGGAAGUUCCUGCGUCGUCAGGAGCCAGAAAAAGACGUGUGAAUAAAGUGUAAAGCAGGGCCCGCCUGUAUGUAGAAUAGUGGUAUAAGAGGACUUACUGUAUUGCCUGAAGAGAGGGAAGGGAGCUGCACCUCUCUUUGAAAAGAAACGAGAUCAAAUAAAGAUGUGAAGAACACACCAGGCAUCUUUACUGACGAUUGUAAGUCAUCUCUGUAAUCGACUGAAGAAGCCAGCAGUGCAGCUGAAACGGUUUGUCGAUAAAGGUCCCUCGUGUGUGAAAAAGGUACUCUGUGUACUGUUCAAGACUUAUAAGAGGAAAAAAUUCUCUACAAAUGGCCUCUUCAGUCCAGGACAGCGUGUGGUGGUGGUAACAGAGUACGAGGGAGAGUACCACACUGCGGGAGAGUACGCGUUGGCCCUGCGGGCCUGGAUGAAUCACCUGUACCAGCUACAGUGUGUGGUGGCCACCUUUCCCUACUUUCUGGCCUCAGUCCAGUCCCAGACUACCACUUACGGCGGAGUUGAAUCUUUUACAACCACUGCACAGACGUCUACUCAUCAACUACAGCCUCGACCAGAGCCUGCACCGAGGUUGUCUGCAACACAGCAGCAGCAACAGCAACAGCAGCAACAACAGCAGCAGCAACAGCAACAGCAUCAGAGAGGAGUGGAGUACACGAUCCCGCCACUGUGGAAGAGACUCAUCGCCGAGGUCAUAGACUUCCUCCUCCUGUUUGCUAUCAAGCUGGCUGUCACCUUCGCUGCCGUCGACGCCUUCGAUCUGCUAAGUGACAUCGAAAAGUACGACUUUGAAAACCUGGGUGCAGACAUCAUGUCAGAUUACAAAAUGGCGCUGGACAUGACGUCGGAAAUCCUUGUACUGGAGCUCAUACAUCGUAUUGGUACCUGUGUUUUUGAGGCUCUGUGUUUACAUCGCGGCUCUGGGGGAGCAGGAGGUGCGACGCCAGGCAAAAAGCUGGUAGGCCUAAGGGUGGUGCGCUGCGAGUGGGUGGCGCCAACCGCAGCUGACCAGGCAUUGGUGUACCCGGCUACUGACCUGGGGUUGGGUCGUGCAGUUGUCCGGUCAGUAGUGAAGAACUUCUCGCUCACGUUCCUCUUUCCUAUCUGCUUCAUGCUGUUUUCCUUCCAACAUAACCGCACCGUGUACGACAUUGUGGCCGGUUCGGUGGUCGUUGAGGAACGUACGGUGCGAAGGCGCAGGAAUAACAACAACGCCAUUUAAAGGCGUUUCAUGUUUUACCCUUGCUGUGUCACUUUUGUACAUUCGUGUUGCACUCGUUGCAAGAGUGUGUGUGUGUGUGUGUGUGAGAGUAUGUUUUAUUGCGGUCACUGUUCAUAUUCUGUACUGACUCAAUCUGAUGCCAUGUCAUAUAAGUUGUAUCAUGUAUGUGUAGAAAUAAAGACUAGUGCUAUAUAUUUUAUUUUUAAUACACUGACUGUCACCCAAUGACGCAGGGUGACCUAAACAGAAAAACAAGUUCUUGGUUUAAAAUUUAAUCAUUUGUAAAGAAGGGGUUACUAGCCCCUUGUUCCCGGCAUUGUAGUUGCCUCUUAGGAUACGCAUGGCUUACCGAGGAAGAAUUUUGUAAAUUAUAUGUGCAGUAAUUGUCUAUUUAAGUUUCCUGUGGAUUGAGCACCAGCUCUUGGCCCAUAUUCCUCCAUUCUAUAGUAAAUUAUAUAUUGAAAUUACCUAAUUAAAUUUGCUGGGAGUCGAGCACCAGCUCUCAGUGCCACCUCACAUGACUAACUAAUGCGUUUGAACCCUAUCAUGUAUUACUUUUGAACCCCCUGUACCGCAUUCAAUUGUAUAAUUCUCAUUUUUCCUUCAUGUCAGAAAAAACACAUUUUGUUUUAUAUUCAGUCUCUCUUGUGAGAUCCUUUAAAUAUUUUGUACAUUUCCUCGGCCUAUGGCUUUUCUAGGCCUCCCUAAAUGUUGGCUGAAUUGGCAAAGUGCCUCUCAGUUUCAGUUACGAGGUUGAAAUCGAAGAAUUUGAAAUGUUAUAUCCGGGAAACAAACUUUUUUCUUUCUAAUAAAUUAAUUUUUA